AUGACAUGUUCAAAAGUAUUUCUAGGAGAUUUACCUGAGUUAACAUAUGAAGUUAUAAAAUAUCUUCAGAAUGAUUAUUCAACUUUACAUUCAUGCGUUUUAGUUAACAGAUUAUGGUGUCGUUUAGCGAUUCCAUUAUUAUGGGAAAAUCCAUUCUCAAUUCCUACAAAAAAUUACAAUGUUAUUGACAUUUACUUAAAUGAUGAUCUUAAAACAAAAUUAAAUGAAUAUGAAAUUAUUAAAAAUUCAUUACCUUCAAAUACACUAUUCGAUUAUCCUAGUUUUUUAAAAUCUUUGAAUAUUUAUAAGUUUAUUAAUUCUGUUGAGAAGUGGUUUGAAACUGUUUAUAUAAUUUCAAAACCCGCAAAUGGAUAUUAUUUAAAAGUUUUUGAUUUGGUAUCUAAAUCACUAUUCAAAAUUUUUAUUGAAAAUAAAAUAAAUUUACAUACUCUUGAAAUUGAGAUCCCAAAUACUUCUUAUAGUGCAUAUAUUAAUGAUAUUCUUAAGUUAAUUUUACAAAAUCAAAAUUUUAUUUACAAUAUUAGAAAUUUGAAACUUUCUAUCAGCAAUUUCGUCAAUUAUCAUGAUGAAAGUAGAGUUAUUAAAAAUCGUAUAUCACAAAUGGUUAAUUUGCAACAAAAUCUUAAAAAAAUUUUAUUAGAUUAUCAUAGUUUUUCUUUAUAUCAAUCAUUAUUAUUAUCAAAAGAUUAUAAUUGUUCAAAUACUUUAAAUACAAUCAUUUUCUAUUACGUCAAUUUUAAAAGAAUAAUCAAUCUUGAUAAAAUAUUUGAACAAUUAAAUGUUUUAGAAUCUGUUCAUAUCUUAUAUUGUUAUUCUUUAGAUACUAAUUUUACUCAACAAAUUAUUAAUUUAACUAAGCCAUUUAAAUUGAAAUCUUUAUUUAUGAGUGAAAUAUUACAAAUUGAAUCAUUUCAAUUAUUAUUACAAAAAUCUGGUGAUUAUUUGGAAAAUGUCGGGUUUAUUACUAAUUUUAACCUAUCGUUAAUAUUAAGUCGACAAUUAUUAGAAUUAUUUGUAAAAUAUUGUAAUAAUAUCAAAUUUCUUGAUUUUUAUGUGUUUGAAAGAGAACUUAUUUACAAAGUAUUCAAUUUAAUUGAAAAUAUUAAACAAAAUCUUAAUUAUCUUUCAAUCGAUACAUCAUAUUAUUUUUCAGAUAUUAAUAAUUUCGUAUUACGAAAUUUAGGACAAGCUCUCCCUUCUGAAUUAGAAUACUUAAGUUUGAUUCAUACUGUUGAAAAAAGUUAUUUCAAAGCAUUUUUAGAGAAUUCUCAGGAUAUUUUUAUUAAUAAAUUGUUAAUAAAUCUACAAGGAGAUAGUGAUGAUAUUUUACAAUAUAUAAAGGAAUAUAUUAUGAAGGAAAAAAGAGUCAAGUAUUUGGCUAUUAAGAAUAUUAAAAAGGAUAGAGAAUUGUUUGAUUUGAUAGAUGAAGUGAAGGAAUUCGAGUUACAUAAUAUUAGAGUUCGAAGAUAUAGUGAAUUAUUUAUUAGUGGUAUUGACUUUAUAAAGAAUAUUGAUUAGUUAUAAAGAUGAAUAAUCAUAUAUAAUGUUUGUAAAUUAUUACAACUUGAUUAAAGUCGCUUUAUAAAUUUACUUUAUUGAGAAAUUUUUUUUUAUGACGAUUUUAUAAAUAUGAAAUCCGUUCUUAGGAAUGGACUUAG